AUGUGGCGAUCUUUUCUCCCGCUUGCUACAAGUGCUGUUGCGCUGGCUCAGUCGACACUUCCACAGACCUGCCCAGCCGGGCAGUGCUUGCGGGAGGAGGCUGCAGAUGAAAAUCGAGCCGCGCUUGGAUUCGUACAGACAUCGUUGCAUUGGAAGCUUCGCGACCAACGAGCAGCUGCCGAAAAGGAAAGGGUUGCCGAAGUACUUGCAGCCAACCUAACCAUCAGCGAUGCAGAGAACCCCUGGGUCCUGGCACCCGUGAACGGCCACUGUCCCCUCAAUCAAGGCCUGGGGGUGGAGGUGCCCUUCACCGUCCCGACCGCUCUCAAAUUCAAAGCUUUCGAGUGGAUGGGCCUCAUCCACAAGCUGCGCCACUGCGGGUUCAACCAGAUCAAGGUGCUGACCGAUCUUCUUUCCAAAGGAGAGGGUGUCCAGCACGAAAACCUGCUGGCCUGGAAGAUCUCUCUGGCCUGGGCCGUCGUCGUCCUGGCUCUCAUCAUCUGGUCCUUCUUGUCCGUGGCCAUGGUCCCCAGAAAGCAAGCCGCGGACACGGUAAAAGCGGGACUGGCCGACGACGAGAAGGCCUACGCCAAGGGCUUCUUUCAUUACGUCAGCCUUGGCUGGGUGGACGAGUUGGUGGGAAGAUAUGGCAAGAAUUGGCAGGCCGUGAUCGACGACAACGAGAUUGUGUGCAACCGCCGAGAUGAUGCCUUUGCGCCCUACGUCAAUUUCAAGACGCACUGGGAGGCAGAGGUCCAACGUGCAGGCAGCGUCGAGAAGGCUUGGAUCCUCACGGCGCUCUACAAGACCGUGGGCUGGAAGGGCGCCAUGGCGAUGGUGCUCCUCACCUUCACGGAGGAGAUCGCGGGCGGAGUCAUGAGCAUCCUGGGGCUUCACUACUUCCUCAACGCGCUUGAGAGCUUGGACGCGUAUGCCUUGCAACAUCCUGGAGAGGAGCUCAGUUACCUGGGAGCAACUAUCGCGACUUUGGUUUGGAUCUGGGGAUCACCCAUGGUCUUCCGCUUCCUGAGCAUCAUCGCAACCUUAGUGGAUGGCCACUACACCCAGGUCUGCGCAUCAGGACUGGCAUCUAUCGUCUUCCACAAGGCCCUUCGCACGCCCGCCAGCGUCGCAAAGCCAGAAUCCCGCGAGAGGGAGGACGGGGACGAGGAGCCAGACCCGUUCGGGAACCACAAGCCCAACUUGGUGCAGAUCCUCAACGUCGACAUCGUCGACUGCUGGGGAGGCCUUAUUCGAGACUGCCUCUGCGUGUUCGUGGCGCCGUUUUCCAUGUUUUUCUUGUUCAUCAUCAUGGUUACGCAGAUCAGCUUCUCUGCCAUCGGUGGAGCGAGCUACAUCCUGCCCGUGAUGAUUAUGAUGGGCACGGCAACGCAGAUUGCCAUGGGCUACUGGAAGAUGUACCAAGUGUUCCUGGAUGCGCGCUUGAAGUGGCUCACGGAGUCGCUGCUCUCGGUCCGAACCAUCAAGUCUUUGGCUUGGGAGAAGCUGGCCCAGGAUAAGCUCCUCAAGGCAAGAGAUGGAGAGAUCUACUGCGCCAAGAUGAUGGCAGUCAUGACCGGCGUCAUGUCAGCGGUGGCGCACACCCUGCCGUGGGGCGUGCUGGUCAUCACCAUGUGGAUCCUUCUGGCGGAAAAAGGCAAAGGCAGAGUGGCCGCGCACGAAGUCAUGGUUGUCCAGCGUCUCAUCCAGGCCCUGCUGGCAAAUAUCAGCCAGCUCUCUACCGGAAUGGGGCGCUUUAUGGUCGUUCCGAACAGCUUCAACCGAAUCAGGCGUUUCUUGGCCCAACCGGAUCGGCCUGAGGGUGUGGUUCGACAGCCCGCGGUGGAGACCCCGAACGGACCAGCCAUCCGGGUGAUGGGAAGCUUCACCUAUGCUGGGACGAAGCCGGUCUUGAAAGACCUGGACCUUGCCGUUCCGCAGGGGGAGCUCGUUGGGAUCAUCGGACGAGUCGGCUCGGGCAAGAGCACCUUCUUGCAGACUCUCAUUGGAGAGCUCCACCCGCUCGGCGGGACUUCCCCUGUCGGCUUUGUCGAAGCUCCCGACACCGCCACUGGCCAGAUCGCCUACUGCUCUCAAGUGCCUUGGAUCUUUGAGGGCACUCUCCGCGAGAACAUCGUCAUGAAUCAGCAGCUCCACCACGACCGCUAUUACAAGUGCAUCCAUGCUGCUGGCUUGUCUUCCGACCUCCAAAUCUUGCCGGGCGGUGAUCAGGUCACGAUCGGCUCCUUCGGCAUCCGACUUUCGGGAGGACAGCGUGCACGAGUGGCUUUGGCACGUGCUGCCUACAUGGAGGAUGCGAAGAUUGUGCUCAUUGACGAUCCUUUCGCCUCGGUGGAUGGUCCGACAGGUCAACACAUCUUCACUGAGCUGCUGUUGGGGUCUGUCAUGCGCGGCCGGACCCGCCUCGUGGUGACGCAGCCGGACCGUGCGCGCCUGCAGCACUUCGACCGCCUCAUCCUCUUCGAAGAUGGCUGCGUGGUAGAGACUGGUGCCCCAGCAGAGGUGAUGGAGACGGAGGCCUUCAAGCGCAUCCAGCAGGAGCAGGUCGACGAUGAUGACGAGGACAUCGAGGUAAAAGCGGCUCCUGCCUGCGAGUCACCCCAGAGCGUGUUGCUUGCCCAGCAUGCCAACGACGAGGGAGGUAUGAUUCUUCGUGAGGAGGAGGUCCAGGAGAACAUUACCUGGGACUCGAUCUGGUGGUGGCUAAAAGCAGCAGGUCCGCUGAACCUUCUUCUGCUCUUUGGAACCGUGGCGCUGCAGGCCAUCGUUGAACUCAGAGAGAGCUUGGUCUUGGCGGUCUGGAUUGAUACCAAGGUGAUGAAUCCGGAGGUGCAUGAUUCCAUCUUCAUACGACGCCUCGUCUUGGUGGUGGGCAGCUGCUGUGUCUGCAUCAUGCUGACCUUCUUCGCAUCGGCGCACGUCGGCCUCACCUCGGCAAGGAAGCUCCACGAAAGUUGCGUCACGAGCCUCCUGCAGGCCCCGGUCGACAGGUUUUUUGACAAGCAGCCCGUUGGCCGCCUCAUCAAUCGCCUGUCCUACGACAUGAAGCAGGUGGACGAGACGCUUGUGGCGACAGGCCUGACCAUGGCCCAAUUCUUUGCGGGGUUUAUGACCACGCAGACCUUCAUCCUGUCGGUGAUGCCUCGUCGUGUGACCAUCGCAGCUCUCCCUGUCUACGCUGCGACGAUGUACUUCAUCUACCUCUACCGUGGUACGGCCGUCCCUCUGGUGUUCCACUCGAAGCACGCGCUGUCCAGCGUGCAGGACCUGCAAGCGGUGGUCGUUGGCCAGUGCGUGUCCAUCCGUGCCAAUGGCAUGCUGGACACGUUAUGUAGCUGUGUGCGUCAAGGGCUGACCUAG